AUGGCUCAACUUAUCCCACCAUCUCAUAACGUUCUCGUGGUGCGUCCCCACAUCCCCGUCACCUGUCAAGAGAGACAAGAGGUCCCGCGAUCUGUUGAGUACAACGUAUUCGCAUUUCCGGCCGCAUUUCUUACCUGUGACUUUCUCUCAGACUCGAGAACAUCAACCAUGACGGAUGUUCAAUGGGCAGCCGUGCUUCGAGGGGACGAGAGCGACGGCCGCAAUUCAGGAUACUACUGCCUGCUCGAAGCCUUCCGAGACAUCUUUGAGCGCGGCGAAGGCCGCAAGUACGUGUUUCGAGAUGUUCUCGCCGGCACUGACGAUAGCACCUUUUACCGCCAACCGUUCUUGAAGGAGGUUGGCGGUGGGUUCGUCAACGCUACUUAG